AAUUUGAAAAACAUAUUAUUGAUCCCAGUAGAGAAAGAAAGGAGGGAUGAUGGAGGGGAAAAGUAAGAAGCCGAAAUCAAGAGUUGUGAAAAUAAAUUCACAACGCACUUGGGAUUUCUUCAUCACACAGGCUAACAAUCAAGCCUGCCCUGUUAUGGUACAUUUUACAGCAGCUUGGUGCGUGCCUUCAGUGGCCAUGAAUCCUUUUUUUGAAGAACUCGCCUUGAGCUACCAAGAUAUUUUGUUUCUUUCUGUGGAUGUGGACGAUGUUAAGGAGGCAGCAUCCAAGAUGGAAAUCACAGCAAUGCCAACGUUUUUGUUGAUGAGGCAAGGAACUCAGGUUGACAAGCUUGUUGGUGCCAAUCCUGAUGAAAUCAAGAAAAUGAUUGAUGCUUUUACUCCUCAGUUUCGUUCUUCAAAAAUUUCUAUUUAAAAGUGUUUUUUUUUUUUUUUUUUGGUUUAAUCCUUUCAAUUUCUUCUUUUGUGGGUUUGGGUUUGUAUGUCUUGUAAUUCUAAGGGUUGAAAAUUGAAGAUUUGUAUUUGUAUUUGGAUUAUGUUUGAGGACAUAAAUGCAAGUAAUUAAAUAA